AUGAUUCUCGGCCCCGUGUCGCUGCUCGAUUGCCUGGUCUUUGUUAUAUUCCUGACGCCCCAGCUCUUGCUCAAUGUCGGCUUCUUCCCCACGGCGGUGGUGGCCAUCAAGGCGUUGCCCUUCCUGCUGUUCGAGCUGCCCAGCUCGCUGUUCCGCGAACGGUUCCUGCUGAGCCCGGACGAGAGGUCGCCGUUCGUGCAGCGGGCGAGCUUCUUCGAAGACCUCGUCAUCCGCUGCGUGCGCUACGCCUUUGCGAACCUGCCCACCAACAUUGGCCGCGUCUUCUUCUCAAAGUACAUCUCAUUGCCGUUCCUACGGUUCCGCAUGCUGCGGCAUGGGUACAUCAGAUCACCCGUCAGCUGGCGGGAGUACAAACAACAUGGUCGCCAUGGAUUCCAGGGCGUCUGGAUCAACAAGGACGCUACCAAACCACCCGAUGUUGUCGUUUACUAUGCACAUGGCGGCGGAUUCGCCAUGGGUUCUGCCUACUUCUACCUCGAAUUCCUCCUGUCGUGGCACGCGCUGCUGGUUCAGCAAGGCUACCAGAACCCAGCCAUCUUUGCGCUCGAGUACACGCUCGUUCCCGACGAGAAGUACCCGACGCAGGUGUACGAGACCUUGAGGGGAUAUAAGCAUGUGCUCUCCAUUGCGGGAGACCCGAAGAAAGUGGUCAUUGCAGGGGACUCGGCAGGAGGGACUUUGAUGUUGACGCUGCUGCUGGAGCUGGGCCACAUGAAUGAAGCAAGAGCAUUCAAGGAGAAAGGGGACGACUCUGCACCAUCGGAGGGCGAAAGCCAGCAGUCGCUUCGGCGAGCUUCGGAAUCGCCGCUCCCAGGAUUCUGCGUGUUAAUUUCGCCAUGGGCACGACUGAUAUCAACCAAACACGAAAACUCGGCCAGCGAUUACCUUGACCGCGACACGCUGUGGAAAUACGCGACACAGUAUGCCGGACACACACAUGCCUACGACCAAACGGCGUCUCCCGGGCAGUGCGGCGAUCAUCGGGUGUGGGCGGAAGCUAGCCCGCCAUGCGGCUUCUUCAUCACAUACGGAUCCGAGGAAGUGUUUGCGCCGGAUAUCAAGGACCUGAUCAACACAUUGGUGAAGAGUACCGAGGUAGACAGCCGCAGCGAGGACGGCGGGAUCCACGCCUGGCCCGUAGUAUCGCUGUUCUUGUCAAGCACAGAGGACAAGAGGCUCAAGGGUCUGCGGACACUAACGUCAGCCAUACGGAAGCACAUUCAGUAA